AUGUUAACUUAUUUUUCUGGGUUUGUUGUUGCUGAAUUUGUCUCAGAGUUUGACAGAGCAGGUUGCUCCUGCUCUGUCAGUUCUCCGAGUUGUGACUCCAUCACAGUAAGCAGGAAAGCUGUGUGCAUGGCAGCUGGACUCUCUGUGUCCCUCAUGAGAUCAGAUGGCCUGGGCAGAAUGCUGAAGGAGAACACCACCAAUACUUCCUUGAUAAUUACAAAUCUAGAUCCAGGAACUCUCUAUACUUUAAAGGCAUAUGCCUGCGAUGUCAAUGGGUUACCUGGAGAUGAUUUCACAUAUAACCAAAGAACAAGUCCUAAGGCACCAGCAGACCUUGAAGUAGCUUUUAAUAGAGGUGCUCUAAGAGCUGUUGUUUCUUGGAUGCCAAUAGAAGGAGCUCUACUCAGUGUGACAGCCUCCAGUGGAUUCCUGGAACUGAAGUGUAACACACCCUCUGACUCCUGCACAGUGCCCUCACUUCAGUGUGGCUCUGAAUAUUACGUUUCUGUCACAGUGUACAACGAUGCUGGAUCCAGCAAACCUGCUAAUGCAGUGACCUUAAAAAUUGUCCCUUGUGUGCCGGUAAAUGAAGAGGAUGAACCUUGCCACUUGUUGGUAUUGUGGUUUAGAGUCAAUUUUGGUCAUUAUUAUGUAUUUUUUGUGAAGAGUGAUAAUGGCUUGGAAGCGCACUGCAACACAUCACAUACUCGAUGCCAUUUCCAGUCAGACUGUGGUUUCACUUAUUUCAUCAGUGUCUUUGCCUAUAACAAGGCCGGGCAGAGUCUCUCAGGGGAUACAUUCAAUUACAAUAUUGUUAAGAAGCAAUGUGCUUGCUGCCCUUCUGAUGUGAAGCUCAGCACUAGUGGCAUCAGGGUAUACCGGCGAGUUUCUGAAGAAACAAUGAGCUACAAUACUGAUGUUCGUGGCUCAAAAGGCAAUUUCACCUGUAGCCCUAGCUCAGGUCUAAGCCACUGCGAUAUCACCGAGAUACCUUGUGGAGGUGUCCACACAGCGGUAGUGUCUCCAGUUACUGAUAAGGGGCUGAAGCUUCUUACAUUCUGACCUAAAAAUAUACAUUCAGUAACCUGUUCUGGAAGGUGUUGGAAUGGGUAA